AUGGGCAACCCCCGCAAAGACGAACCUCCUGCCCCAGAGGACGGCCACUGCCCAUUCUGCAACAUCUCCAACCAAUACCAACCGUACGACCCACAAGCACCACCACCAGCGAGCUCAGAGUCCAUCUCCCCGGCCAGGACGCGGUCGGACCCGGACACGUUUGUGCUCCUGUCCACGCCGCUGCUGGUGGCGUUUCUCGACAUCAUGCCGCUGUCGCGCGGGCACGUGCUGCUGUGCCCGCGGGCGCACCGGCGCAAGCUGACGGCCGUGACGGCGGCCGAGUCGCGCGAGCUGGGCUUCUUCGUGCGUGUGCUGUCCGAGGCCGUCAUGCGGGCCACGGGGGUCGGCGACUGGAACGUGGUGCAGAACAAUGGCGCCGCCGCCGCCCAGGUCGUGCCGCACAUGCACUUCCACAUCAUCCCCAGGCCCGAGAUCCGCGAGCAGGGAAGGUGGAGCGAUCGCUUCACCAUGUUUGGGAGGGGUCAGCGCUCCGACUUGGACGAGGACGAGGCCAUCGAGCUGGCGGCGAGGAUAAGAGAGUGCGUGGCCGAGGUGCUGAGGGAGGAGGAGGCGCAGGGGGGACAAGGGUUUAGGUCCAAGUUAUGA